UGCUGUGCAUGUAGACAGCUCUUCUGAGGUCUCGGCUGUUCAGGGUUGAAGAGAAGGGAGGCAGAGCGGGAGGCGCGUGUGUGCUCAGAGUAGGGAUGCUGAGCAAACAUAGAUGGUGGCUGGUGGCAUCCAGGGCCCGGAGUGAGCCAGAGGAGCAGGGUCCAGAGCACAGCAGGCAACCGGCUUGGCUGGGGCAGCUCACCCCAGAGGCAGGAGAAGAGCAGGAGAUCUGGUGCUCAGAAGGCUGCACUACAGAUUGGGAAAGGAGUGAAUACCAGGCAGCUUUGGCCCUAUCAGGGCUUUGUCUCGUGAGGGUGGGUAUAUUUUCUUAAAAUCACAGGACGUACUAGAGGUCGAGUUUAUGUGCGGAAAGGAAGGACAAGAGAGAUACUAACCAGAGUGGAGGGGGGCGGCUCAAGGGUGGAGUUCAGGGCCGGGGGCAGGGCCACAGGCCUGAUGAUCAUCAUGACGACGGUGAUGGGUGAGGGCAGCCACUAUUUCUGACUGUUCUGUUAGGUGCCAAGUACUGAGCUGAGUGCUCUUGGUGCCUUGUCUCCCAUCCUCACAGCCAUGUGGAAACUGAGGCAUCUCAAGAGUCUGUGACUGGGCUGAGGCUCUGGCUUCAAGCCCAGGGCUCCUUCCGAGGCACAGGGCUGUCCUCCAUGCAGGAGGAGGGGACCCUCUCCCAAGCCACACACGCAGGAGGCUGGGCAAGAGUUGUGGGAAGUCAGAGCCCAUGUGACUGUGGGCUGGUGCCUCAUUCUCCUCAGCCAUAGAGUGGGCCUUCACAGUACCACUGACCCUGCUGGGUUACUUGAAGUUUGAAUUUGAUGAUCCGAGGAUCAUGCCAUCCCAGAGGCUGGCACGUGAAGGCAUGUGUGGGGGGUUGCCAGUUGUUCUGAUUAUCAUUCUUGUUUUCUCAGCUCAGAUCGGGACGGGGGCGUCUGCUGACAGUGGAGAGCAGUGGUGGGGAAAGGGGCUUGAGGAAGGUGGCACCCAGAGGGGUGGAGAGGAGAUGUCUGACUGAGGGCCAUCUGAGGUCACGGUGCAUCCUGAGGACAGAGCUGAGAUUGAAUAUCAACGAUGUGGGUUCAGCAGCCCUGGAGUAGGAGCCGGGAAGCUGUCCCCGUCCUACUCCGGACCACCCCAAAGACUCCAUGGGCUGAGUCAGCCGAAUCCCAGCCCGUUCCCUUGAGCCUGCUGUGGUGCUGGACAUCAGUGACAGACGGAAGCAGCAGACCAUCAAGGCCACAGGAGGCCCAGGGCGCCUGCGAAGAUGAAGUUUGGCUGCCUCUCCUUCCGGCAGCCUUAUGCUGGCUUUGUCUUAAAUGGAGUCAAGACUGUGGAGACACGCUGGCGUCCCCUGCUGAGCAGCCAGCGGAACUGUACCAUCGCCAUCCACAUUGCUCACAGGGACUGGGAAGGCGAUGCCUGGCGGGAGCUGCUGGUGGAGAGGUUCGGGAUGACUCCUGCUCAGAUUCAGGCCUUGCUCAGGGAAGGGGAAAAGUUUGGUCGAGGAGUGAUAGCGGGACUCGUUGACAUUGGGGAAACUUUGCAAUGCCCCGAAGACUUAACUCCCGAUGAGGUUGUGGAACUAGAAAAUCAAGCUGUACUGACCAACCUGAAGCAGAAGUACCUGACAGUGAUUUCAAACCCCAGGUGGUUACUGGAGCCCAUACCUAGGAAAGGAGGCAGGGAUGUAUUCCAGGUAGACAUCCCAGAGCACCUGAUCCCUUUGGGGCAUGAAGUGUGACAAGUGUGGGCUCCUGAAAGGAAAGUUCCAGAGAAACCAGCUAAAUCAUGACACCUUCAAUUCGCCAGCAUGACGCAGACCUAUAUACAUUAGGUUAAAUCUGAAUUUCCACUGCUUUGGAGAAUCCCACCCACUAAGCACUGUGCAUGUAAACAGGUUUCUUUGCUCAGAUGAAGGAAGUAGGGGGUGGGGCUUUCCUUGUGUGAUGCCUUUUUAGACACACAGGCAAUGUCUCAAGUACUUUGACCUUAGGAUAGAAGGAAAAGCUGCCAGUAAAUGUCUCGGCAUUGCUUCUAAUUUGGUCCUGCUAGUUUCUAGAUUGUACUAAUAAACGUGUUGUAGAUGACGGGUUAGUGUUUGAGGCCCCGUUCUAUUGAGACAUCCAGGUGGGAGAGGUUCCCCAGAGAAACUCCAACCAGCCUAUACACUGGGAGGAACGUGCACUGGGGUGGAGCCCCAGAAGUUCACUCUACUUGCAGUGGGGAGGAGCCUGGCCCCUCCUCUUCCUGGAUGGAAUCUUGGAUUCAGUCUGUGAGGCAGGAAGUGCACCAGCAGGGACUCUGGCUCUUUGGACGGUCCCUGUUUCCCCUUUUUUCCUUUUCACUCAUAAAACCUUGCCUCACCCUUCAAAUCGUCUGUGAGCCUAAAUUUUUGUGGCCGUGUGAUAAGGACCCAUCUUGAGCUGAACUAAGGAAAAGUCCUGCAGCAUGUUUGGUGUGCAACAUUGGGGCUCAAAACCUCUCACUGUUGUGCAUCUAAACCUUUCCAUCCUCAGAUUUCUGAGCUUGUGGGAAACCAUGCCCCCACCCCUGUUGCUGCCAGGCGUUGGGAAGGUCGGCCUUAGUCUUUAUGGCCUUUUUGUUUUUUGAGGGGGAUGGACUGGCCAGCAGCGGCUCCCCACCGCCCUCCCCUCCCUGCCAGGGCUGGGACACAUGGCUCAAGGCGCCCUGGGUGGCUGACUGGCAGUCCAUGCCGUGAGCCGCUGGAGUCUUCUUCCCAAGCCAAGGAGUUUAACUCUGUUGGACAGUAAUUAAGCUUUUCUCCUGGUGGAGGAACCAGUUGCAUAAGAAUAAGAGGUUCUUCCCGGCAUUUUUAAGCAUUUUUUUCCCUCUUCUCCACACCGUGAGCAGUUAGCUUUUAAAGGUCCAUCUUCCCCCACAACCGGCACCCCCCGCCCCGCCCCGCGCGGCCUUUAGAAGAUGUUUUGCUAGGCUAGGAAUGAUAAGGAUCCUUGUUUAUAUUCUCUGUAAAGCUUUAAUUGUGAAAAAGGAUGUGUUAAAUUGUACACAAUCUGGUGCGCUUUGCUUGCCUGUAUGGUUGGUAGCAAACUUCCUUGCAACCCUCCGUCUUAUUGUUUUGUUUUACAUCCUGGGGGCAUGGCUUGUAACUCAGGUGGCAAGACUUUGUUUAGCAACCCUGCUUUAGGGAAUGGGUUCCUUUCUUUUUUGAUAUCUGCAUAUUUUCCUAGCCCUGUCUCUUAACCCCACCCAGGGACUGGGUUUUUCCUGCCUGUCUGUGUAGUUAUAUAUGUGUGAGUGAGAUAUCUGUAAAAAGAGCUCUAAUUUGGCCUAAAGAAAGACAAGUGUUUGGAUCAAAUAUUUUUUAAAGGGAAGAUAAAAGCUGUGGUACCUUUCAGUUCACAUGUUUUUAAUGUUUGAGAAAUAAAAAUAGUCUUAAAGAUUAUUGGUAAAAUGCAGGUGUCAUUAAAAUGUAAAUAGGUGAACUAAAUUAUGCAGGUCAGAUGCAAGGUUUGCUAAAUGCUUUAAGGUUAUAAACUACUUUUUGUUUUGAGAACUGUCUUGCCUGCUUCACAAUUGGUAGGGCCUGGAGAUGUAUGGAACUAACCACGCUCUUAAUUAAGAAGGCAAACCUUGGCGGCACCUAGCAUGCAAUUAAAACAACAGGUUUUACAUUAGAGUUGAAAAUUGCUAGGAGUUACCAUUAUAACAUGUAAAUGAAACUACUGAAAAAUAGAUGUACAUGCAAGAUAUGUAAAAAUAGUAAAAUGUGUUUUUUAGUGAAAGGUUAUAAGAAGGCACGGAAAUGUAAAUUUUUGCCUAGGGUUAAAGGAUUGUUUUAAAUUAGAUAAGAUAAAGCGGAAGGUUCAAACAAGUGGAGGAAAUAUUAUGGAAAUUAAUCUUACAGAAGAGGUUCUCUGUGUGAGCAUACUGACUAAAUUCAAGAAAGGUAUUACAUGGUUUUUCUGUAAAUCAUUGAAAUAAAAACAAGGUUUUCUUAAGGUGCUAAUUUGCUCUUUGGCAAAAUUUGUAAAAGAUUUUAAAAGGUUUUUGCUUUAAAAUUUCUGAGUCAUUUUGGCAACAUAAAUAACAUGGUAAUCUGGAAUUCUAUUUCAUAAUAUCAAGUGCUUUAAAUAUGUUUAACAGCCUUUGCAAAAUCAAACUUCAAUUUCAAAAUUGUCUUUACUGACACUUGGCUUUUCGGAUACUUCAGAGGGCCCCUGAAGCAUCCAGAAAAGAGGUAAACAGGAUUAUUUGACAUGUUUAGGUACAUGGGAUUGCCAAAAUGAUGUUCAGUCUUCUUUAGGUUAUAUUUUUAUGAAUAAUGCUAAUAUAUGUUCCAAAAGUGUAUGGGAUUUCUAAAAUUCUAAUGUCUAAGUAUAUGCUGUCAAUCAUAAUUAAGGUUGUUAUGUUAUUGUAAACCACAGAGAUAACCAAACUUCUUUGUCAAUUAUGUUUCUAACUGUAAUUAUCCUGGACAUUUUGCUAUUCACAGACAAUUGUUGUCUUGUUUUAAUCCUUUUCAAAAGAUGGCUUAUGAUAAGAUAUAGAACUUUGACAGGUGCUCUCAAAUACAGGCUUCUGUCUGAUAACUUUGGAGAUUGUGACAUUGGAAUAAAGAAAAAUGUACAGGACUCAUAAAUAGCUGAAAUGUUCAUGAAUUGAAGCAAAACAGGAACUAAAUGGACUGAACUCAGAAAGCUGAAGCAACCUUUUUGACUUUUGCUUGGAAUAUUGUUGAUCCUUGUUUUGCUUUUCAGAGUCAAAGAAACUUAUUUUGAACUAUUUAUGGCCUUUAAUAAUUAAGCAAGGUAUAUUCUGGUGAGCAAAAUUUGGAGCAUGUUUGUUUCUCUCUGUCUGGUUCCUGUAGAAUUUGGAAACUAUCUGUGAAUAUUCUUAACGUAUGGCAAUAUAGUUGUUUGCAUCAGUGCAAUAAGAAUCCAUUUUUCUUUUGCAACAGGAUGCAAUUGGAAAAACUGAUAAUUUUACCAAGGCUUUGACUGGAAGGGUAUGCUUCACUUUAAGGAGUCAAUUUCGACUUGCAAAGCCAAUAAAAGCCGAGUGGGGAAACUGGC